CUGGCGUCACGCCAACGAGUCCGUGUGUUGUUUAUGCGGUGAGUGCGCGCAUCGAAACGGCAGCCAGCACACAUUUGUGCCGCUUUACAGUUUGUAGAAAUCAAAAACUAAAAAUGCCAGUAAAUUCAAACAAUUCAUAAUGACUAAGUAAUUAAACGCGCAGCAACAACAAGUCGAAAAUCUAAAAUCGACAGCAUAUAAAAAAGACUGCAAACAAAGUACAUAAAAUCAAUGAAUACCAAUCAAUAAAUCGUAGCCAAUAAAUAAAAGUGCAAAGCAGCAAAAUAAAUACUGCUACAUACUAAAAUAACAACAACAACAACGACGAAUGAAAUAUGCUUGUAUCGAUGCCCAAAAAGUAGUGAAAAAUCACUUGCUAAGCGAAUGUAGCUAAAAGCAGAUUGCAACUGUAGAUAUAUCAAUAAAAAGGCGUCGCAGCAAUAACAACAAUAAGCGCUAACAAUACUAAGGCAACUGCUGAAAAAAGGCAGCCUUAGAAGCUGCAAAGUGUAUUGGGUCGCGAGCUUAUCUCUCAAUAAGCAAAAUAAAGUGCAAAAAACAAAGAAAACACGCACAUAAAUUGCCCAAAGACAUAAGAAACAACAAAACAGUGAAUUUGACGUGUGUGGAAGCAGAGCUUGCGGGAAGGUGCCACUUUGCAAUUGCACCUUUGGCCGCCGUUGAAGCACCAACAGCAGCAGUGGUAGCAGACGCCGCCGCGCCCUUUUAAGAGGCGCUUGGGAUCAGCAGCUACGCAGCGCGAACGCAGUCAAAACGGCGACCAUAACGAAUUCCUCGGCGUUAGCGAUGAGCCAACUGGGCACCGUCUACGCGACAAAGCGUAGGCGACGCAAUGGCAAAAGUUUAAAGCCACCGCCCAAGGAUGGCGUCACAAAAAGUAAUCCAUCGAAACGCCAUCGCGAACGUCUCAACGCCGAAUUGGAUUUGCUGGCCUCGCUGCUGCCAUUCGAACAGAAUAUUCUCAGCAAAUUGGAUCGACUGAGCAUUUUAAGGCUGUCUGUUAGUUAUUUAAGAACAAAAAGUUACUUUCAAGUUGUUAUGCAUAAGGAUAAAGAGGAGAAUGGCAUGUUGCCACACAUACACACACACGCACAUGAUGGCUAUCGAACGCGCGAAUUGGGCGCCUUUGAGCAUGGCCUACUCGACGGUGAUAUGUUCCUGCAGGCCUUAAAUGGAUUUCUAAUGAUUCUGACAUGCGAAGGCGAGGUCUUCUUUGCCACGCACAGCAUCGAGAGCUAUUUGGGUUUUCAUCAGUCAGACAUCGUGCAUCAGUCCGUCUACGAGCUAGUCCAUUCAGAGGAUCGUGAGGAGCUGCAGCGACAGCUGUUAUGGAACUCAUUUCUUCCCGCCGACAUGUCCACCAUACAACUGGCCGACACGUUGGCGCCCGACAAGGCGCUCUACUUGGAGCGUAGCUUCACGGUGCGUUUUCGCUGCCUGCUCGAUAAUACUUCCGGCUUCCUGCGACUGGACAUACGUGGACGCAUCAAGAUACUGCAUGGCCAAAAUCGCAAAACCGAAGAGCCACCACUGGCGUUAUUCGCCUAUUGCACACCCUUCGGACCGCCCAGUCUGCUAGAGAUACCGCACAAGGAGAAUAUGUUCAAGUCGAAGCACAAGUUGGACUUCUCACUUGUCUCCAUGGACCAGCGUGGCAAACAUGUUUUGGGUUACUCCGAUGCGGAACUAGUCAAUAUGGGCGGCUAUGAUUUGGUGCACUACGACGACUUGGCCUACGUGGCCAGUGCGCACCAGGAAUUACUAAAAACUGGUGCUUCGGGUAUGAUCGCUUAUCGGUAUCAGAAGAAGAAUGGCGAAUGGCAGUGGCUGCAGACGAGCUCGCGAUUGGUAUACAAAAACUCCAAACCGGACUUUGUGAUCUGCACACAUCGCCAGCUGAUGGAUGAGGAGGGGCACGACCUGCUUGGCAAGCGUACAAUGGACUUUAAAGUGAGCUACUUGGACACCGGUCUCGCGUCCACUUAUUUCUCGGAGGCCGAUCAGUUGGUGGUGCCACCAAGCACCUCACCGAAUGCGCUGCCACCACCAGUGACACCGACGCGGCCAAAUCGACGCUAUAAAACGCAAUUGCGUGACUUCCUAUCCACUUGUCGCACCAAACGUAAGAUGCAACAACAACAACCGCAACAGACGUCUUCACUGGGACAGGUCACCUCACCCGCACCGGUGGUUGAGUAUCUGCCAGAUCCCGCUGUGGCUGUCGCCGCCGCCUAUUCAAAUCUCAAUCCCAUGUAUACCACCUCGCCCUAUGCAACCGCUGCGGAUAACAUUUACAUGGGCACCUCAGUGCAUUCGACCAAUUUCUAUCCGGUGACCGAGAAUCUCUUCCAUCAAUAUCGGCUGCAGGGCGUUAGCAGCUACUACACGGACUAUCAUCACACGGGUGCGCCUGCUUCUGCCUAUGUGAACGGUUUUCUGCCCUAUGAUGGCUAUACGAUUGCGCCCAAAGAUGACAAGUGGCAGGAAACGGGGAAAUACUAUAGCGGUUAUAGUAGCGGGUACGGCAGUCCCACAUCGACGCCACAGCAAGUUCCGCUGAAGACGCCGAAAUCCUCGCCGCACAUCAUGGAGGUAGUGUCGUGCUCAUCGGACGGACCGUCGCCGAUAGAUGGGAGCGCUGCCGCCGCCGCUGCUGCUGCUGCUGCUGCGCAUGCGGCCAGAGUGGGCAGCAACACAAAUAUAACGGUGAAUGGCGGCAGCGGUAGCGGUGGCAGCGCUACGCCAAAACUGGAACUGAGCGCGACGCAGCACGAUCCAUAUGAGCGACAAACUGUGCUGAUGUGGGGAUCACAAUCGAGCGGCAUUCCCAUUAAUAGCAUUGGCGGCGGCAGCAGUAGACGUCAUCACAGCAAUGCUGAACGUUCGCCGCAAGCUACCCCACUGACCAAUGGACUUAGUUACGCUAACAAUAACAACAAUAAUGAAAAUGAAGUGGUGAGCGCCAAAUGGAAUGGCAGCGCCACCGUGAAGGAUGUCAAGAACGCUGCUACACCGGACAGUUAUCAGCUGCAGCACGACGAUUCGGGGCUGUAUUCCUCUUCCUCCCACACCACAUCACCUCAACAGCAGCAACAACAACAGGUAUUGCUCAACAACCACCAACAACAACAACAGCAGCAAUUGGAACAAUUGGAACUGCAACAACUGAGCUACACCAACCAUUUACAAACACUACCCGGUUGCAAUUCCACAGCUUCGUCCAGCUCAUCCCCGACGUGCCACUCCCCCAGCGCCGGCAGCGGCGCAACAGCGUUAACUAAUUCUGCUGCCGCCAACGGUCACAUUGCGCUCCUGAAUGGCGGCGGCAGUAAUGGCAGCGACACAGAUAUACCAAGCUCGAGCUCAGCUGCAACCGCUACAGUGUCCUCUGCCGCCGCCGCCGCUGCUGCUGCUGCUGCCUACCAUCACCAUCACCAGUUGACAAUCAUAGCGCCGAUAGUUAUUACACCAGCAUCGAUGAUGAAUGGCGAUGGCGCGCUGCCGCUGAGCACCGCCCUGCAGCCCAUACAUGCCAGCGAAGCUAUCACAACAACGGCAGCAACAACAGCAUUAAACGGGCUGGACCACAAUUUAACGCAGCGCGCCGUCACUUCGUCCCAACAUCACGCCGCGCAUCUGCUGUCGCACAGCGCACUGGCCUACACGCCCAACGCUGCCACAGCGACGUACUUGAUCAGCGGCAGCGGCGGACCGACCGUGCUCGGCGGCGGCGGCAACACUCAAAGCAGCAUUAUCAGCAACGGCAUUAGUGAUCACAUUAUGGCCAACGGCAAUCCGCUGUGCUCCUUCUCGGAGGUGACCAACACGUUGCUGAAUCAGUAGGCGGUUUGUCUGCGUGUUUGACCUAGUAAUGUUGAGGUUGAAGAAAGGUAAUUGGUGAAUUGUUGAGGUUAAUGCAUAUUAUAGCAAGGGUACAGUGUUGUGCAAAGCUUAAUAUAUACUAAAACUAUCAAACUUUUAGGAAAUUGUCUGCACUAAAGAAGUUUUAUAAAGAAGAAUAUUCAUAUUUGAGUUAUAACAAUGAAAAUAGAGUACAUUCAGCAUAUACCAUACAGAUGUAGUAACAGUAAUCUUAAAACUCUUUUAAUUAUAUGAGUACUUUGCUCUUCAAACCUCCGAAAAAUCUUUUUUUUUUUUAAUUUCCUAUGUUAUCUCAUAUGUUUUUUUUUGCAAACUGCACUUUAAUAUCAACCUAACCUACAAAUUUGUUUGUUAGAUGCCGUUUUUCUAUCACAAAAAACUUGCUUAACAGCCUUUUUGCUAUAAAAUAAAUUUUAAUUGCAGUUUUGAAACAAAAAAAUGAAAUAAAUUUCAAAAAUCCAGAAUUUCUCAUUUUCCAAUUUAACUCAUAAUUCCAUAUGUCAGAGCAAAAAUUCGGAAAAGUUUUAUAAAUAAAUGCAUAGAUGAUAUAACAAAAUUGUAACUUCUCCCUCAAUUUUGCACCAUUUCUUUAAAAAUAUAAUUUUCCUAAACUAAAAUUACGCAAAAUGUAUGAAAUAUAAAUCCAAGUGUAGGGCAAAUAAAUAUAAUAUUUAGCGGGCGAUUCAACAACCAACCAAGUUAAGAAUAUAUAAAUAAAUGCAUUGGAAUUAUAAAAAAGUGAAAUAAAACCGUUUGCCAAAGUAUAUACUAUCUAAAUCUUCCACCAACAUAUUAUUGCACAAUAAAAUUAAUGUAUGCAUUGUAAUAAGCGACAGAGGAAACAAAAAUAAUUUUUGACUGCAUUCCACUAUAUUUUAACAAAAGACUUAAGACACGAACUUCCUGAGUCUCAUAAAAUUUUCGGGUAAAUCGGUAUAGUAGAACCUGAGAAAGCAUGGAUAUCGUUUUGAAAAAGACUGUUUCGAGAAAAACGAGUUUAAAGUUUCAGUUCCGACCAAACCAGUUUGGAUACCGGUUCAGCAAAAUACCUAUAUUUUGGAAAAUAAUAUGAAUUUUGAAAAAUACUCUUGAUAUCUUCAAAAAUUUUUAGAAAUUUGAAAAAUCUUUUUGCAGACAAAUUAUUGAAUAGUUAAAUUUUGAAAAUAGGAAAGCGUUUUUUUUUCAUUUCUGGACUAGCAGUACCCCCUUGGUGUUUUCUUAAUCAAAAAAAAAAUAUUUUCAAAAAUUCUUUAGUAGACUUAUGCCUGAACAGUUAAAUUUUGAAAAUGUAAAAAAAUAAAGUAUUUUUUUCUCAACAAGAAUAUCCCCUAAAUUCGUUUUUUCUUUAACAACAAAAUACACACAGUACAUACAGUGUAUGAUGGUUUCAGCAAAAAGUUCGUGUCUUAAGUCUUCACUUCAUAUGAGAUUUACUUUGCAAAUACUAGCUGAAAACAGACAAAAGAAAAUUUAUUUGAAAUUUAUUUAUUAAAAAAUAGCAAAAUAAAAUAUAUUAAGGAAAAUGAAAUACCUAAAUAUGCAUAUCUAUAAACCGAACAUGUUUCAUAUUUAGUUCACUUUUAAAAAUACAAAAAAUAGAAAAAAAAUUCCAAAACUAUAUACACACAUAUUUGCUUCACAAUUAAAGUACUUCCUUAAAACAAAAAAACUAAACAAAUAAUUAAAAAAACAUAAAAUUGUAAAAAAGUCUUUAAAUUUUUCAAUUAUUCA